CGGCUUCCCAUUCCCCCCCUGACCCCAAGCUUGGCGGCUCGGAGCUACCCCCCUUCCACCCAUCGCGUGGCUUUUUUUCUUGUAGUGUUUUUCCUCCCUCCGUCAUGGUGCCGAGGCAUUUGCUAGCUUCCGCCGCUCGUGUCAUGUUUGGACGGUGACACGCUUUCUCUUACAAGAACAUAUCUCCUCCCCCCUCUCAUCUCUUGGUUUAUUUUUCUUUGAUCCUUUUGCCCCUGUGCAUAAACACACCCGAGCGGGCCGCAUGCAGGCAAAAGUCUGAGUAUUGCGACGCGACAGAGCCCCCCCCCUGACAGGUUCCGUCCUCACUUACACGGCGCCCACAUUCUCGGUCCUUUUUUUUUUGGAGCUCCACUCCUCGGUAUCCGGCUGCCGAAAUAGACGCGGGCCACAAGGGCGCACGUAGAUACUCGCGGUCGGGGUGUUCCUUGCUGCGGGCUAUCCGUCUGCGAACCACCCGGGCCAGCCCCGUCGAAGGAGCGGAAGCACGUGAAAAUCUGCAACACGGACAAAGGACUCGGGCGAGCACGCGAUCUGGACUUGUUGACACACUUGCGCCCGCCUCCAUUGUCGACUCAAAGCCAGCCCCGGUGCUUGCCGACUUGCAGUUAUCCCCUAAACGCGCUAGGAGCCGGAACAAAAGAAGCGAAAUAAGACAUCCCAUACCAACCUCGGGCUUGUAACCGGCAGCAAGGACAGAAAACCUUGAGGGGGCCUAAAGGGAGAGAGAAGAGAUUGAAGAGAUCCCAGAGAAGGGAGGGCUCUUGAAGACACAGCCGAGCCAUGGCAACAAAAGUAGCCAAGGACGGCAAGCCGCCACCGUCGGCGGCCGUCAACCUAAUAGCGGGCGGAGGAGCCGGCAUGAUGGAGGCGCUCGUGUGCCACCCGCUCGACACCAUCAAGGUGCGGAUGCAGCUGUCCCGACGGGCGCGGCAACCCGGGGCGCCCAAGCGCGGCUUCAUCAAGACGGGCAGCGAGAUUGUGCGCAAGGAGACGCCGCUGGGGCUCUACAAGGGCCUGGGCGCGGUGCUGACGGGCAUCGUGCCCAAGAUGGCCAUCCGCUUCACCAGCUUCGAGGCCUACAAGCAGUCGCUGGCCGACAAGCAGACGGGGGUGGCGACGGGGCGGGCGACGUUUAUGGCCGGACUCGCCGCCGGGGUCACCGAGGCCGUCGCCGUCGUGACGCCCAUGGAGGUCAUCAAGAUCCGGCUGCAGGCGCAGCACCACUCCAUGGCGGACCCGCUCGACAUCCCAAAGUACCGCAACGCCGCGCACGCGCUCUACACGGUGGUCAAGGAGGAAGGGUUCUGGGCGCUGUACCGCGGCGUGUCGCUGACGGCGCUGCGCCAGGGCUCCAACCAGGCCGUCAACUUCACCGCCUACACCUACUUCAAGGAGAGGCUGGUGGCCUGGCAGCCCGAGCACGCGGGCACGACGCUGCCGGGGUACCAGACGACCCUGAUCGGGCUCGUGUCGGGCGCCAUGGGCCCGCUGAGCAACGCGCCCAUCGACACCAUCAAGACGCGGCUGCAGAAGGCGCAGGCGGUCGAGGGGGUCGGGGCGUUUAGGAGGAUUGCGCAGAUUGCGGGCGACAUGUUUAAACAAGAAGGCUUCCACGCAUUCUACAAGGGCAUCACGCCCCGCAUCAUGCGCGUGGCGCCCGGCCAGGCCGUCACCUUUACCGUGUACGAGUAUCUAAAGGAGAAGCUCGAGACGCGCGGGUCCUUUUCCCUGUCCGGCGGCGACUACCAGGACUAGAGGUCCUUGUUCCGGCGCGGGACUUGGGAGGAUCCGGGGAAGAGAGGACGGGGAGGGGACUGAGGAGUGCUGGGACUGUGGCAUGUCGUGUUUUGUGGAUUUGAACAUGAGCCAAUGCAUCAAACAAGUUCUUAGGUAGUUACGUGCACUGUAGGGUAUUUCAUCAAUGCUGUUUGUUCUAGUCCAACAGUUAGACUGCCUGCUUUCCUUGUAUCCCUGGUCUAUACCUCAUGUCGUGGCAAA